AUGUCCUCGCCACCGACACGUUACACGCGGAACCCUCAGCUACGGCGCCCGUCCCUCUCGACGCCAACACCGCCGCUAGCGCCAUCCUCAUUAACAGCAGCGCUCGCAUCCUCAUCUACGACUCCCAUCCCCGACGAUGCGCCCGACGCCGACGACGACAACGAUGCGUCUCCACCGUCUCCGGACCUGCCACUGACCAUGUCGGCGUCGGUGAUGCUGACGCAGCUCCCGCGCGACGCCACAGCCGCGCUGGCGACGGCGGGAGAGUUUCCGGCUGAUCAAAAGGUCGUGGUGCGCUUCAAGCCGGUCGGGGGCAGCGCGCCGGCGCUGAGGAAGGAGCUGUGCAAGAUCAGCGCUGCGCAGCGGUUCGAGGCGGUGGUCGCGUACCUGCGCCGUACUCUCAAGGUCGGCAAUGGCGAGAGCGUGUUUCUGUACAUCAACUCGACGUUUGCACCCGCCCUUGACGAGAUUGUCGGGAAUCUGCACCGGUGCUUCAAAGAUUCGAACGGCCAACUCAACGUAUCUUACUCCAUGACUCCUGCCUUUGGAUAG